GGCUGCAGGUGAGGUCAAAUGCAGAGGAAGGGAGCGGAAGAGCUUUGCUGACAGGUGGAAAAUAUUUCGCUUUAAGCUAAAAGGGAACAAAUGGACGAUAAUACAACGGCACUGACGGAGAGCCUCAUAAUAUGGCUGCAGACCUUCAACACACCUGCACCCUGCAGAACAGUGGGGGAGCUGACUACUGGAGCGGCAAUAUCACAGGCACUGCAUCAAAUAGACCCAGCUUGGUUCACUGAUGGAUGGCUCAGUCGUAUCAAAACAGAUGUUGAGGAUAACCUGAGACUGAAGAUGAACAACCUAAAGAAGAUCCUUCAGAUGGUGUUGGAUUAUUAUAAUGAGGUCUUAGCCCAGGAAAUCUCAGACUUCCCCUUACCCGAUCUGGCCCUGGUGGCAGAACAUUCGGACCCCGUGCAGCUGGGGAGGCUGCUGCAGCUCAUAUUGGGCUGUGCUGUCAGAUGUGAGCGUAAACAAGAAUACAUUCAGAUCAUCAUGACCUUGGAGGAGUCAGUGCAGCAUGUUGUCAUGACAGCCAUCCAGGAGCUAAUGAGUAAAGAGACCAUGGCCCCGUUUGGAGCAGAACUGUCAGGGGACAUGGAACAGCAGCUAAAAAAAGCCCUUGAGGACCUCACUGAGCUUCUAGCAGAGAAGGAAGCAUUGGCCCAACGCUGCCAAGAGCUGGACAUACAGGUGACUGUUCUUCAAGAGGAACGGAACAGCUUAUUGGCUGAGAAUGACGUCCUAACAGACCGAACCAAUCAGCUGGACACAUUCGACGACCCAAGCACACCCUCAGGGAGAAAACACAGUCAGCUGCAGCAACAGGUAGAGGCGCUGCAGGAGGAGAACUUCAGGCUGGAGGCCGCUAAGGAUGACUACCGCAUCCACUGUGAAGAGUUGGAGAAGCAGCUGAUUGAGGUUCAGCACCGUAAUGACGAGCUCACCAGCCUGGCAGAAGAAUCUCGAGCUCUCAAAGAUGAACUGGAUGUUUUGAGGAACUGCUCAGACCGGGUGGUGAUGCUGGAGGCCUCAGUGGAAACAUACAAACGUAAACUGGAGAAUCUCGGUGAUCUGAAGCGGCAGAUGAAGCUGCUGGAGGAGAAUAACAUGACCUACAUGCACAACACUGUUAGCUUGGAGGAGGAACUGCGCAAGGCCAACGCUGCCCGUGCACAGCUAGAAACAUACAAGAGGCAGGUCCAGGAGCUACACAGGAAGUUGUCUGAGGAGACAAGGCGAGCGGAUAACCUGGCCUUCGAGAUGAAGAAGCUGGAGGAAAAGCAUGAGACUGUGAUGAAGGAGAAAGAGCGGAUCAUUAUCGAGAGAGAGUCUCUGAAGGAGAUCAACGAGGAGCUGCGAUGCACUCAGGCUCAACAGCACCAGCUCUCCCAAGCAGGGAUUCUUCCUUCCGGCAGCCCCAGCCAUGACAACUUGGCAGCUGAAUUAAUACCCAUCGAGUACAGAGAAAAGUUCAUCCGGCUGCAGCAUGAGAACAAGAUGCUGAGAGUGCAGCAGGAGGAGUGUGAGAGGGAGAAGAUCGCUGCACUGCAGACCCAGCUGGAGGAAGCACACAAGACGCGCAGUGAACUGGACACCGAGAACAGACUUAGUCGAGAGCGGAUCAGUGAGCUGCAGCAGCAGGUGGAGGACCUCCAGAAGGCUCUGCAGAGUCAGGCGGCCAAACCUGAUGAUUCAAACCUGAAACGGAAACUUGAUGCGCACAUGGUCCAGCUGAACGAGGCUCAGGAUGAAAUCAUGAAGAAGAAAGAGCUGCUGGAGGACCUUCAGCCUGAUAACACUCAAACCUCCUUGAAGCUGGAUGAGCUAAUGGCUGCUCUGAAGAAGAAAGAUGAUGACAUGAGGGCCAUGGAGGAGAGGUACAAAAUGUACCUCGAGAAGGCUCGUAAUGUGAUCCGAGCGCUGGAUCCUAAACUUAAUCCAGCCACUGCUGAGAUCCAGGCUCUGAGGAACCAGUUAGCAGAUCGGGACAAGCAGAUUCUCAACCUGGAGCGUCAAUGUGAGCAGGCCAGACUGAGAGAAUACGAGGAGAAGCUGAUCGUCACAGCGUGGUACAACAAGAGUGUGAACUUUCAGAAGUUGGCAAUUGAGUCGCGUCUCGGUGGCUGCACCUCCUCCAUGGCGUCCCCCUCCCAGUCCUUCUUGUCCCAGCAGCGGCAAGUCUCAAACGCACCACGCCGGGCCCUUUCCAUCAACGUGCCUGCCACUACCUCCAAGUAGACCUUGUCAGAGAGCCAAAUGUCUCACCUUUAUUCAGUUAAGGGAAGAAUCCCCUCCCUCACUCCCUCCCAACAAUGAGCACUCAAGUGACCUUAAACACAUUUGCUCACAGCACUUGGGGGAGGGGUCGAUGAGCACUCACUUAUUAAACGCAACCCAGUAGGUCACCCGCCUGAGCUUAGAGCACACUGUCCCACAAUACACAGGCUGACCUUUGCAUAGAACAUGAGCCCACAACCUGUGUUCACCUCACUAGCUAGAGUAGCGCACACUGUCCAAAACGUAGACUUAGAGUAUAUUUCCCAUCUGCCCUGUUUGCUUUUCAAACAGCUGAACACUUCCUAUAAUCAAUUCAGCCUUCACUCUCUUAUAUCCUGUCAUGCUGUGUGCUUGAUAAGGAAUGAGAGAAACAGAAAUUGAUGCGUAACCAUUUUAUUCAGAAUCAGAGCCUAUCAUAUAUGUGAAUGUGAUUUUAAAAAGGGUUAUUUGAAUGCUAAAGCCAACUAAAUGUAACUUCAGAUUGAUUGAUUGUUGAUGUAUGGAAAAGUGUACCAUCAUACUAUGCAGUUAAGGGGGUACUGAUGUUGUCAUUGAGCAGGCUGAUGGAAAAACAAACGUGCUUUAGAUGUCUUUGAGAAAAUGAUUGCCAUAUUUGGUGCUGGCCACCAACUGCUUUUAAGUAUCAAACACUUCAACUUACAAUUUUUAAACCAAACUGAAACAUCAUGUAAAGCUGUGAAAAUUCUAUAAAUCAUAACAAGUAAAAUUAACCUCUGAGGUGCUGCAACAACAAAUCCUACACAAGAAAUCCAGGACUAAUCAAUCAUGUAUUUUCUACACUCCUCCAGUGUGAUUUGACUUUCUUACUGGCAGCAUGCUCAAAAUGAAAACUGGCAGGCCUUUCUAUUCACUGAUUAUCUUGAAGCUUGUAAGUUCUCUAGUCCAUAAUCUAUGAAGUUGUACAGCUGUAAUGUAAACAUGACUUUAACACCAGCUUCUGAUCCUAACGUCAGAACCAGGUUAAGCUUUCUUGAAGUAUCUGCAAAUUGUAACUUGAGAAUUUUGAUUACUGUAGUCGAUAUUGUAUUUAAUCACAGACUUGUUUUCAGGCUGUUUUAGUGUUGGUGGAAGUUCAGAGUGAAGAGCGCAGUAGAGAGGCAGGCGUUUGAUACUGUGGGUUAUUGGCUGUCCAGCCUUAUGGAGUCUUAAGUUAUACUGCACUACUUUCACAACAUGAAAUGGCUGUUGAUUGCCUUGUUACUCUGUAUGUUUGCAAUAACACUAAAGAGGCAUUUUAUUAUGUAUUUGUGAUCAAUUAGAUGUAUGUCAAAGCGCUUUUAUUUUCCUUUGCAGUGGAUGAUUCUUGUAGAUUGCUGAUCUAAAAGCUGUCAUUUAUAUGAAAAUAAGAAGUAUGAACAAAUUUAGCACAGCACAGAAACUACAUGUGCAGUGUUAUAUGUUUGUGUAUACAUGAAGUGAGGAAGGCGUGAUGAAUUUUCAGGAAUUUAAGGAGUUUAGCAUUUUCAAUCCUUUGGUUUUCUUGUGAAUAAAUAAAUUCUUUUU